CGUGCUCUGCAGCAAAGUUUUGGUGGUAAAUUGUGCUUGAAUAUUAUCAUUUUGGAGGAUGUUCCGGUUGUCCUGUCCUCCCUACACACAUACUUCCCCCAAAUCCGCCUUUGAGGAGGGGAGUAUGCGUCUCUAUACUGUUUUAGACCAUGGGAAGUUCAUGCGACGUGCUUGUUUCGGGCCUGAAAAUCCCACAAAAAUUUUAUUGAAAUAUCAUGCGCAGUACAUGCCUGUCAGAGCGCGCCUUACUUCACCAAUUAGGUACAUCUAAAUAGGUGCAUUUACCAGACAUAUAAGACUUAAGUUCCGCCUAACUUUCUAUCUUCAGAGUGUGUUUAAGCCUGCCACGUGUCCAUCGAAGUUACGGUUACUGCCGCGUCCGCCGUACACGCACGGACAGUUGGUGGCUCGUCCGUUACGCGCCCGCCGUGGCGACGAUGGCGGACGGCGCUGAGCCGGAGCGCAGCCCGCGCCUGUGGGUACGCUCCGAACCAUUCGUGUACGGCAUCCUGCCUGUGAACGCCACGCACAAGAUCUCCGUCAAGUACCUGCGUAAGAUUGUGCAGUACGCGCGUCACCGCGGCUCCGCCCACUUCCCACGACUCUACUACAGUCUGUGGAAGCACAUCGCCUGCAACAAGCUGCAGCUGACGGAGAGCCUGGCGCGGCUGUACUUCGACACGUUCGAGCUGCUGACGCCGCGGCUGCCGGACGAGCGGCUGCAGUGGGACGGCGAGUACGCGCGCUGCGAGGGUGCUGUCGAGCGCGACCAGUUCGCCGGUCAGCGACACGUCGACAUCCUGCAGUUCAUCGCUUACCUCUUCAUCCAGAACCUGAGCCACAGCGGCAAGAAGCAGCGGCUGGUGUCGGUGUCUUCACUCACGGCUGACGAGUGGCCGGCGGCGCGCGCCGAAUCGCCCGAGGCCGGCGACCGGCAGCACAAGCAGCUAGAGGAGCACCAGCACCUGUUGUUUGUGCAGACGCACCUCAGCGCGCUGGUCGACUACGGAAAGCCGAGGCCGGCCACCAAGAGAUGA